GAGACUCUUAUCCUUCCCGGCCGUCAAGCUUUCUAGUCCAGAUCCGCUGCAUUCCACACCCUCUGCCACUUGUCUUCCACCUCCUGCAGCUUCAGGUUUGUGCGAGGUGGAGCUGCUCCUGGAGGCGACGAGCGGGAGGAAAGAGAUAAGCUGCCGGUCUCGACUCUCGAGCAAAGCCGCCGGCUGGUCGCUCCCCUACUCGGCCAGAUCCGCUCCAUGCCCUUCAUUCCUGCAUACAGAGAGCUAAGCUAGUCAAUCCUAGCACUAGCAGGAGAUAUAAAAUACCAUGGCAUUGGCGACCAAUUUCGAACACACAAGUGUGACCACAAGGGAGUUUAAACUCGAGUUCUUGGAACAGAUUACAGAUAAUUUUUCUAAGGAGCGCAUCAUUGGUAGGGGUGGUUAUGGAGUAGUUUACAAGGGAAUACUGGAAAAUGGGGAAGAGGUUGCUCUCAAGAAGCUCCAUAGAAUUGGGGCCCCAGAUGACGUUCAAUUUAUGAAUGAAUUUAAUAACCUUAUGAGGGCUCAACAUCCAAAUAUUACCCGGCUGGUUGGCUACUGCUAUGAUGUGAGACCUGAACGCGUCAAAUUCAAAGGUCAAUAUAUUAUGUCCUUGGUGGAAGAAAGAGUUCUCUGCUUCGAAUAUUUGCAGGGUGGAAGCCUUGACCAGCAUAUUUCUGAUGAAUCGUGCAUACUUGAUUGGCACACAUGUUUCAAAAUUAUCAAGGGAGUUUGCCUGGGUUUGAAUUACCUUCAUAAUGGGUCCAAAGAUCCUAUUUACCAUCUUGAUUUGAAGCCUGCUAAUAUAUUGUUGGACAAGAACAUGGUCCCAAAAAUUGGAGAUUUUGGUUUGUCAAGGCUCUUCCCUUCAGCACAAACCUGUAUUGCAAGCAAAAUUAUAGGAACACUUGGAUACAUGCCACCAGAAUAUAUUGAGAGAAAGGAAAUAACAUCAAAGUAUGAUGUAUUCAGUCUGGGUGUUAUCAUCAUACGGAUAAUAGCAGGACAUGAGGGCUACUCCAAAUGCGCACAUACGCCUUUGCAAGAAUUUCUUGAGCAUGUACAUGAAAACUGGGGAAAACGACUACAGACAACAAUGCCACCACAUACAUCAGAUCAAAUUCAAACAUGCAUCGAAAUAGCACUAAGAUGUGUGGAGGUUGAUCGUGAGAAAAGGCCAACUAUAGCCGAGAUUGUCGGUGAACUAAACAAGGUCUCCGACUUCCAAAGCAAGCCUGCCUUAAACCAAAACACACUGUCAGAAUGCCGAGGCGGAACGCCCCUGUUGCCAUUCCACGCUUGGUCUACUGAAGACGAGGUCCAUGUCACCGUUGGCGUGUUGUCCCCUUUGGAACCACAAACCCGACAUGGACAUCCUUUACGUCGGCGUUGGCUAUCGUCGUCGUGGCGGCGUGACCUAGCUAGACUAGCAUUAGCACUAGCAGUCAUAGUAGGCGUAUUAGCAGGAGUACGAGCAUGGAUAUCAUUGAUCGUUGAAUCAGGCCCCGUCGUCUACAUACUAGCGGGGGUUAGUUGUGGCAUUUUGUCAGUGCUCGCACGUAUAGUAGUGGGUGCACUGUUCGGUUUCAUUAUGAAUGAACCCAUACUCAUCUGUAUCCGACGUAUGUUUAGCAGGUGAAGUGGAUGCUUGGCUGCAAGGAGUAGUGCCCCAUGCCGU